AUGAACGUCAGUGUCAUCGACGAACGGUACCAAUACGUGUUCCAAGUGGAGCCUGCGUGGACGCUAUCGCAGCCGGCGACUGUGCUGUGCUUGUCUAUGGCCGUUGUGAGCUGUCUUGGUGGACUCUUAGGGAACCUGCUUCUGACAGCCGCCAUCCUACGGACGCCGUCUCUGCGCCGCACCAACACCAACCGGCUGGUGCUGCACCUGUGCCUGGCUGGUGCAGUGGUGUCCGGCACCAACGUGCCCCUGGUGAUAUCGAUCCUGGUGGCCUCCGUGGUUCGGCAGAGCCUGCCGCCGGCGCUGCUCAGUCUGCAGACCCUGACGUUCACGGCCGGCGUCACCUGUCAACUGGGCCUUCUCUCAGCCAUCAGCUACGAGCGGUUCCACUGCGUCACCUACCCCUUCCGCACCACCGACCGCCAGGCCAGGCGGCUCAAAAUCGAGCUCGGCGUUGUCUGGCUGGUGGCCCUGGUUUGCAGUCUGAUAGACGUUCGUCUGACUCCGGACUCGGCUCUAACCGUGCUGGGCAGGGCGGGUCAGCUGCCGCACAACUUCGCCAACUCCUUCUGCCUGCUGCAUUUUCCAGUGGGCGCCAUCAACAUUGUCAUCAUAGAGUACGGACUGCACCGUAAGGGUACGGCCGGCCGGUGA